ACAUUUAACCAAACAUUUUUAUUUUUUUUUUUAUAACCUCGAAAAUCUACCGAUUAAGUAAUCCGUGUUAUGAUUAUCAUGAAAGUUUAAAAUUGCGUCGUUUAGUGUAACAAAUAAAACACCGAUCCUUGAGUAUACACCAUGGUGAUCCAAAUCCAACCACCCCCGAAUAACUUCCGCCACGUAAAUAUUUACCCGACACAAGAUGAAAUAUUGGGUGCUCGCAAUUUUUUUCGAAAAAACAUAAUCGAAGGCAGUUUUGAAAGCGUCGAGCAAUACUUGGAUAUUCAGUUCAGACUGUUACGAGAGGAUUUUGUGGCUAAUGUAAGGGAAGCUAUCGACAACUAUCAGGCAGGUGAGGCCACGAAGAGCAUAGAAAUUUACGAGAACGUAAGAAUAUUCAGAGACAGAAAUAAAUACAAUGAAGAGUGCCUUAAAAUCGCGGCUGCUUGUCAGAGUGACGACAAGAAAUUUAUGAAUGGCUCACUUUUACUUUUUACCAAAAAUAGUUUUAAUGAUUUGUUUCUGGCAAAGGUCGUGCAAAGAAACACUGACAACGAGGAAGUAGUGAUUGAUUUAAUCGAUGUAAAUAAUUAUAAUAUUAAUCUGAAUCAAAGAUAUACAAUGGCGGAAUGUAGUCAAUACUUUGACCCGUACUUUCAAGUUUUAAAUGCUCUCCAAAACAUCUCCAUACACAAUUUUCCUUUGGAAAAGUACAUUGUUCACGUAGACGCCAGUUCGAUAUAUAUGCCUACGUACCUGCUCUAUUCAGGCUCUAAUUUCGAGAUUGACGGUUUACGCAUCCCCCCGGAAUCGCUUCCCAGGAUCACCCACAACUUGUUGAAUUUAAAUAGCGCACAGUUUGAGGCAUAUAAAGCCGCUUUGACGCAAGAAUUCGUUGUCAUACAAGGCCCUCCAGGCACCGGCAAAACCCACUUAGGGGUCAAAAUCGCCCAAACUCUCAUUGAGAAUUCACACUUUUGGUACAGAAAGACGCCACUGUUGGUGAUUUCUCAUAAAAACGACGCCCUCGAUCAGUUUCUGGAGGGGUUAAUACCAAUCACGGACAGGUUGACGCGGGUGGGGAGCCAAUCAAAAAGCGAGAAAUUGAGGGAGUUCAACUUAAACCAAGAGAAAAAUAAAGACGGGUAUACUUUUAAAAGACGCCCUAAAGAAGAGUAUUUGAAGGUUAUGCAAAAUUCCUUGGUUGUUGGUAUGACGACCAGUAUAGCCGCUCGCUGGAAAGAUUAUUUAGAUAAGCUGAAGUGUCCAAUUGUGAUAGUUGAAGAGGCUGCUGAGGUCUUGGAGGCUCAUGUUGUUGCGGCUCUUACUAAUAGUUGUCAACAUUUGAUACUGAUGGGGGAUCAUCAGCAGCUGCAGCCUAUUUCCGCUGAUUACAACAUUGGGAAGAAUUAUCACCUUGGGAUAAGUUUAUUCGAGCGGAUGGUUAGGAAUAAGAUACAACACUAUCAACUGAAAAUGCAGCAUCGAAUGCGCCCCGAAAUAUCCGGCCUUCUUAAAAUGAAAAUCUACCCAUACCUCGAAGACCACGAAUCCGUAAAAGGCCGCCCCGCGAUACUAGGCGUCGACAAGAACGUUUUUUUCAUCGACCAUCAACACCCAGAAGAAACUUGCAACGUCACAACGAAAAAGAAUACUUUCGAAGCUCGGUUUCUAGUUUCCUUCGCCAGAUACUUAAUUUUGAACGGAUACACAUCCAGUGAUAUUGUAAUUCUGGCAACGUAUGCUGGCCAGCUUCAAGAACUAGAAAGUUUGACUCAGAAAGAACAGUUCUUGAAAGAUGUCAAAGUUUCCACUCUAGACGGUUUCCAAGGACAAGAAGCCAACAUUGUCCUUCUCUCUUUAGUGCGAAGCCAAGGGAUUGGUUUUUUGGCGAAGCAGAAUAGAGUUUGCGUGGCUUUGUCUAGAGCUAAAAGUGGCUUCUACAUCAUGGGUAAUAUGGAUUUGCUGUCUCGAACGUCCAAACUUUGGAAUGGCGUGAAGAGGUGUCUAGAACAGCAGAAGGCAAUCGGGAAGAAGUUGUCGCUUCGGUGUCAAAACCAUAAGGUUGUUACUCAAGUGGAAUCGUUGGAUGAUUUUUGGAGGGUGCAAAAUGGCGGUUGUGGCAGAAAAUGCGAAACUGGCUUAACGUGUGGUCAUAUAUGCUCUUUGUUGUGUCAUAACAAGAAUAUGAAACACAAAUGUGAAAAGGGUUGUCCUGGGGUUACUGCGGCGAGAGAUACAAUUACAACGUAUCCGAAUCUUUGGAGUAGGGUUGGUGACAAUUUAGACAAUUGGACCUUAUCGAAUCCAGACGUUGCCAGUACAUUGCUUGAGAUGAUACAGGAGGUACUUCAACGCAUUUGGGACAGUUUUCUAAGACGCGUGGCUUUAAUUUUUCGUAAAUUUUAUAGUUGAUAUUUUAUUUUUGUUAUGUUAAAUAAAUAUAUACAAAUGUGACGAUGA